AUGUCCUCCAGAUAUUCUCAUCGAUCCCCACCACGGCCGUCAGUCUCUUCCGAACCUGCAAAGUGGGCUAGACAGAACGAUUCUCCGGCCAUGGUUAACAGAAAUCACACAGCAGCGUCCUCAUCUACAGUUCGACCACCAACUCCAUCGCCAAUGCAACCGCCAAUGCAGCUCCCAGUCCAACUCCCAAUCCAAGCCCCAAUCCUUCCAUCCAACCGACCACCAAAUCAAGCACCAAUCCAUCCACCCCCCCGAUUUGACCUACCCGCAACCCGCAGUCGCUUUAUUAUUACUCCACAAGCGCUUAGGCAGAGCAGGGCAGGCGGACGGGAUGCGCAUGCUAGUAGCCACAGAGCUGCCCGUGAGGCCGGCAGAAAUCCACCUAAUCCUUCUCCAGAGAGGGAUCCACGAAAGGCAUUGCUCCGGUUACAAUACGCCGAUACUAGCUCAGAGCUGAAGAAGGCGGAAGGGAAGUUCUGCGCUCUUGUUGCUAGCAAGCAGGGCUCGGAUCCUCAACGGGUCGCGGAUCAGUUCACAGACGUGUUGGCGACGAUCACGCGUUGUCGACAUACGGCUCAGGAGAUCGAAGAUGAAUUGGCUGGUCGUGCUGGGCCCAGUAUGCCCGCUGUUAGGGUUGCUGAUCGGAGCGCUGCUAGUAGGAAUACUGCAGGUCUGGGUGGCCAUGGUGGGGCUGGAGCAAGUACAGGCUCUCAUGGCGGUGCUCGUCUUUGGUAA